CUACUCCGCCCGCGGUUCUGCUCUCAAACCCAAACACCGUCCUACUCAACCGACCGACCUCCCCUAAGGGUACCCUUCCCACUCACCUUUCUCCUCUCGAUCCCUCGAUCUACCGCAUCACGAGCCUUCUCUCUGGUUUUCAAAAGCUUGAAGUCGUCGCUCAGGUCCUCGUCGUCUCAAAUCCGACCCUGUCCGGUAUCUUGAGCCAUUCCGCGCGCAAGCCUCGAUCCCUAGUCGAGCUUUCUACGUCGAUCGCAAACCUACCACCCUUUCUUUUAUCGCUGACAGACCUCCUCAUUGUUUUUGAAUCGCGGCAACUCCUCUUCUUCUCUCGAUUCGAUUGGUUUCAGAUCUGGAUCGACUUGCUGUUCGCGAACCACGUUGCUUGGAGGUUUCAGGUGUCAGCGGUCUGAUAGGUGGAUGCCGUGCCCUUCCGCAGGCAGCUAAUGGGUUAGAUCUCCGCUGUCUGGGAGUUAUACGAGAAAAUGGGUUCGUGUAUGAGCUCCGAGGCGACCGGAGAUGUGGAACAGAAGCGGAGGAGCCAGGCCAUUGAUCGCAGAUUGGAGGAGGAUUCGAGGAGACUACGGCGAGAAUGCAAGAUCUUAUUACUCGGCUCUGGAGAAAGUGGAAAGUCGACGAUUGUCAAACAGAUGAAGAUCAUCCAUCAGAAUGGCUACACAGUCGAAGAAUUGUCAUUAUAUCGUCUGACAGUCUACAAGAAUCUCCUUGACUGCGCCAAAUCGCUCAUCGCCGCUUAUAAUCAAUUCGAUCUUGAACCAUCGAGUCAGAAGGUCCGCGAUUAUAUCCAAUACAUCUAUGAAUACAAUAUCAACCCCGAUCCCAAUGUGCCACUCGACAAUAAGAUAGGGGAUGCGAUCACCUAUCUCUGGAACGACCCCUGCACGUCCACGGUAUUAGAACACCAGAACGAAUUCUACCUGAUGGAUUCCGCGCCUUAUUUUUUCGAGGAAGCCAAGCGAAUAGCAGCCUCCGAUUACAUUCCCAGUGUGAAUGAUGUGCUACGUGCGCGAACGAAAACGACCGGUAUCUACGAGACUCGUUUCACGAUGGGCCAAUUGAGCAUACACAUGUUUGAUGUGGGCGGUCAACGCAGUGAGCGUAAGAAGUGGAUUCAUUGCUUUGAAAAUGUGACCUCCAUCAUCUUCUGCGUGGCGCUUAGCGAGUAUGAUCAAGUUCUGUUAGAGGAAAGCAAUCAGAAUCGAAUGAUGGAAAGCUUGGUAUUGUUCGAUUCUGUGGUGAAUUCUCGAUGGUUCAUGCGCACGAGUAUCAUUCUCUUCUUAAACAAGGUCGAUCUUUUCCGACAGAAGCUCCCUCGGUCGCCGCUGAACAAUUACUUCCCUGACUACUCGGGUGGCAACGAUGUAAACCGAGCUGCGAAGUACCUGUUGUGGAGGUUCAAUCAAGUCAAUCGCGCGCACUUGAAUCUCUACCCGCAUCUCACGCAAGCUACCGACACCACGAACAUCCGAUUAGUCUUUGCUGCUGUGAAAGAGACGAUAUUGCAGAACGCCCUGAAGGAUUCCGGCAUCCUCUAGAUCGGGUAGAUACUCGGCCUGUAGCAGUUUCUCUGGCAGCGAAUUCAUGCUAGCAGUGACGAUGAUCUUAAUCUUCAAAGAACAACGAUGGCGUUUGUCAAUUCGAUGAUUAGA